CUUUUUCCUAUUACUUGUGCGAAUUAUGUGCCCAUAACAUGAAGCGCUUCCAAUGCUUCGAACUGACAUUGCUAUGGAGAAAUAAGUAUUUUCAGACAUGAAAAAUUUAUCCUGUCAGUUCCACGGGAUGAAUAAAUGAAAUUAAAAUUAAUGAAAUUGUGCUUAAUGCCUGGUUUAUUCAGAAAUCAGGAAUUCGAACGACAAAGCGUAUACAUAACCUCCAAGCAUAUUUUGGUACCAUAAAAUUUGUAAUCAAUUAUGCCGGUUUUUCAAGAAUCUUGCGCAGAGCAAAUUCAAGCUCAGACGAUCAUUAUAAUACAUCCUGGAUCCAUGUACCUUAGGAUGGGACGGGCGUCCGAUUUAAAUCCUUGUACGAUGUUGAACGCCGUUGCUAGAAAACGUUUACCCGGUGGAUUGGAAUAUAAGGAUAGUUUGUUACCACCGGCUGUGCCACGAACGAAAGAGUUGACACAAGCGAUGGAAGAAUCUCGCCUGCAAGUAUCUCACACUUUGCAAUCCUGUCUUCAAUCCGAUGGAAGACGACGAUACGCCACACCACCUCAACAGAUAGCUGCCUUUAACCGUAGAUCAAAUCCAGAAAUAUCAUCUCCGUGCAGUGUCGAAUGGAUAAAAACAGACAAAGAUGUUGUAGUCGGCGAUGACAUACUAUCGUUGAAUCCAGAAGAUAAUUUUAACGUCCAUUUUCCGUAUAGGAGAGGAGAGCUCAAUGUUCAUUCCGGACCUGGUGGCAGUCUGAGAUCCGUAAUGGCAGAUUUGAAAACAAUUUGGGAAUACGUUCUCACAGAAAAGAUGGACAUUCCUUUGAGAGAUUUGAAACAUUAUCGUGCUGUGCUUAUAAUUCCAGAUAUUUACAACAGGCAAUAUUUAAAAGAAUUAACAACCCUGAUGCUCUGUGACAUCGGAUUUGGAGCAUGUUUCCUGCUACAAGAUCAUGUGGCGGCUACGUUUGGCGCGGGGUUGGGAUACGCGUGCGUGGUCGACGUUGGAGAUCAAAAGACGUCGGUUUCUUGCGUAGAAGAUGGAAUCUCUCAUAGAAAUACCAGAGUGCGAAUGGAUUACGGUGGGGGAGAUAUCACGCAAACGUUCUUCUGGCUGCUGCAGAAAUGCGCUUUCCCUUACAAAACAUGCGACCCAUCCAAUAAACUGGACGCGUUGCUCUUGAGUCAAUUGAAAAAAGAUUUUUGUCACGUUGACUUGAACGUAUGCGGCUCUCAAGAAAAGACGUUUAUAGUUCGAAAGCCAAAGCAGCAAACCGAGAAAUACACUCUUCAAGUUGGCGACGAGUGUUUGGUCGCUCCUUUAAGUUUGUUCCAACCUGAAUUGUUCAAAGUCACUGGAACGCAUAAUGUACAUAUACAAAAGAGGUCAACGGGAGAUCCAGAGGACCCGCACGAUGAAAAUUACUUGCGAGAGACGAGUAGAAGAGGUAUGAAAGAAAAUCUUGAGCAAACAUCGGAAAUGCAAGAAGAGGCAUCUGCACCGACUGUAGCAGGGGAGGAAGAAGUGGUCGUCGAUGCUGUAGACUCGGCGCCAACGUUAUCGAAUCGCGAUCUGGAUGCUCCGCGUGAUUUUAUAGUGGGUCCCCAGCAAUUACUAGGGCUUGAUCAUGCUGUGCUUCAGAGUAUCGAUCGUUGUGCUACGGAAGAUCUAAAAAGGAAAAUGUACAGUUGUGUACUGGUUGUUGGCUCAGGUAUGAAAUUCCAAGGUAUAGGCAUGUGGCUGCACAAUCGGAUUUCUCUUCAAAUUCCCUACAUGUACAGGGCUGAACAAUUGGAUAUUAUAACACAACCAAAAGAAAUGGAUCCUGGUAUGACAGCAUGGAAAGGUGCAGCGAUUCUAAGUUGUUUGGAAUCUGCUCAAGAAUUAUGGAUUGGUCGGCAAGAAUGGGAACGUGUGGGAGUCAGAGUAUUGAGGGAAAGAGCACCGUUUAUGUGGUGAACGCUGCUUGAACGAAGCGUUUUUCAAAAGUUUCAAUAUGGAAUGUUAAACUUAAGUUGCGAAUUGAGCAUUUUCUACAACUAUGUAUCAUAUACAAUGAUCCAUUAUCACAAUAUUAUAUUUUCUCUGUUUCCAAGCAUUUGAACCGAGCAAUUAAAAGAAAGAAAACUUUAUUUUAAAAAUA